CUACUUGUAUGUUAGUUUGAUCACUUGGCCACACGUGCGAGGCCGUCGUGUUGUAAAUAGCUGUUGUUUUUUGUUUUCUCGUUUCCUAAAGAGAUCUGGGUUCCCGAAUUCCAAACAAUAAUUCUUCGAUUUUGGAUUGAAUCCCGUUUGUCUUGUUCUUCUGCUGCAUAACCGAAAUCGAAGAUUAUCUACACCCAAUCUAUGUGGGUGUAUGUAUCGUUGCUUCUCUCCUUCGCUCCAGUUUCAAAGACACUGCUGAAAGCGUGAAACUGAUUUCUCUUGAAUUUUGGGGCGUAAGGUAGAUUAUUUAAAGUUGGGCUGCUCCUAUGCGCCCAUUCUGUUACCGAUGAUUAGGUAAUGACGGGUUUUUCUGAGAGGGGUGUCCCGAAAUAUUCUUCCAGAGGUAAUAGUGCCACCCGUAGCCCAAAUACAUCUUCCCUGUCAGCUUCUUCGGAGUCAGCAUCCAGUGAGAGUAAGUCGUUCAAGGCUGAUUCCUUAUGGUCAAGCUUCUUUGCGACUGCAUUUUCUGUGGUUGAAUCAUAUAGUAACUCAUCCGCUUGUGAAAAGAAGGUUAUUCAUGGUAGAAGCAAUGGUUGGACAGCAGCUGUGAAGAGGGUUGUGACUAGUGGCUCAAUGAGGAGGAUUCACAAGCGUGUGAUGGGUUCAAGCAAGACUGGAGUUCCUAACACGACUAGUGACAUAUGGCUUCUUGGUGUGUGCUAUAGAAUUUCACAGGAUGAGUCCUCUGCAGGUGCAGCUAGUUAUGAUGGGAUAGCAGCAUUCAAACAUGAUUUUUCGUCGAGGAUUUUGAUGACAUAUCGUAAAGGUUUUGAUACUAUUGGGGAUACCAAGUAUACAAGUGACGCUGGCUGGGGUUGCAUGCUAAGGAGCAGUCAAAUGCUUCUAGCGCAGGCAUUGCUUCUUCAUCAAGUAGGUAGAUUCUGGAGAAAGUCUUUGGAGAAGCCAUUGGACCAAGAAUACAUUAAGAUCUUGCACCUUUUGGGUGAAUCAGAGGUAUCAGCUUUCUCCAUCCACAAUCUUCUGAAAGCUGGAAAAGAUUAUGGACUUGCAGCAGGGUCAUGGGUAGGCCCAUAUGCCACAUGCUGCUCAUGGGAAUCCCUUGUCCGCUGUGGGAGAGAGCUUACUGAUUCUGAGCACCAGUCACUUCCCAUGGCUGUAUAUAUCGUUUCUGGUGAUGAAGAUGGCGAAAGAGGUGGAGCUCCAGUGGUGUGCAUUGAAGAUGCCUCUGGACGCUGUUUUGAGUUUUCCAAUGGUCAAACUGCUUGGACGCCCAUCCUUUUAUUGGUUCCCUUGGUUCUGGGACUAGAAAAAAUAAACACCAGGUAUAUUCCAUCGUUGAGGGCAACAUUUACCUUUCCUCAAAGCCUUGGCAUUUUGGGUGGGAAGCCUGGUGCUUCAACUUACAUUGUGGGUGUACAAGAUGAUAAUGCUUUCUACCUUGAUCCUCAUGAUGUUCAACCGACGGUCAAUAUCAGCAGGGAUGAUCUACAGGCUGAUACUUCAUCUUACCACAGCGAUCUCAUACAGCACAUUCCUCUGGACUCGAUCGAUCCAUCUUUGGCAAUUGGAUUUUACUGUCGAGACAAAGAUGAUUUCGAUGAUUUCUGUCGUCGGGCAUCCAAGCUAGCAGAUGAAUCAAGUGGUGCUCCAUUGUUUACGGUAAGUCACACCCGUAAAUUAUCAAAACCAGUCAGCCACAUUGACAUGUUGGUUGACGGUGAAGUUCGAGACGAUGAUUCAUUUGGUGUUGUGAGCAUGAGUGAUGUAGGAGGCCAUGCACAUGAGGAUGACUGGCAACUUCUUUGAUUAGAGAUGAUGGUUCAGGAUUCCAAACUUACGCUAUUUUCGCUUUGUUUUCUCUUCAGUUGCCAAAUGAAGAGAAUCUCAUAUAGCUUCAACACUUAAUCUAGAGUUCCUUUGUUAGAAAAAAAAAUGGAAAUUGAAAACAACAAACAGUUAUUAUGAAUCAAAAAUCCAUAAUCCUGCUAGAGGGUUUCUGCCACGUUUGGAUUUUAAUGAGAAUUUAUUUAUCUAGUUUCUUAUA